AUGGCAGAAGUCAAAAACGACGACACUUGCAAGAUCUGCGGUAAACGAGGUGAUCUUAUAUGCUGCGAUCACUGCCCCUCAUCCUACCACUUUAACGUACGCUAACCAGUGUUUAGGAAUCCAACGAGAUUUUGAUGAAGAAAUUUGGUUUUGUCCUCCUUGCCAAAAAGAGACCAAGCUCCGAGAAAAAGCCAAAGCUGAAGGCUGGACCAAAGAAAAGCUUAAAGAAGCCCUCCACAUCCUAAGCGAGCAAAAAGAGCAUUUUGCGCUUCCAAAAAGAGAGUAUAUCGACCCAGUGCCCCAGCUUCGUCAAAUAACAGACUUUAUGAACCCAAGCAGCGAGGAGGAAGAAGAAGAUCCAGAAUCAGGGUCGAUUACCCGAAUAGGGACUCAAUUCCAGUCUUCUCUCCCUCCUUUUGGACAAUUUUCUAUUCCUCAUAGAGAAUGUCGAAAGGUGUGGGAUUCUCAUAGACUCCCUAUCAGCACAGUUGAUGACUAUUUGAAGGAAGCCGAACAGCUUUGGAAUGUCUCGUAUCUUAAGUCUCUGGUGCCUUUCAAUGAACAAGACGCUUGUAAGAUUUUACAUGCUAAAGGCUACAGUGUGCAAAAUGCUUUGCAAGCCAUUGCAAGGGAAAGACUUCCGUAUAUUGUUUGUAAGGCGUAUGUAGUGACUGAGAAUGAUAAAGACAAAAAAGAACAAGAUUUGAUGGCGCUGAGGAAUGGAGAAGCUCUUUCUAUGUAG